AACGUUAAAGAUUAUUGUGCUAAAUUAGUAGCUUUCAGUGCAGUUGUCGACUAGGAUUAACGCUCUGAAUCAGACUGACAGUUUGUUGUUAGAAGCAUUGUUAAUGUAGUCCCUUGCCUACAUCUCUAGAAGAACAAUCGAAGUCGGCUGAGCAGGUGGUGACAGUCACAGGAGGAGCUUGGUGGGGGUUUUUCUUUCGGACGCUGAGGGUGAACGCGGAGUCUCGAGAUGGCAGCCAGUAAAAGCAAGAACCAGAGUUCCCUGGCCCUGCACAAGGUCAUCAUGGUGGGCAGUGGCGGCGUGGGCAAGUCCGCCCUCACGCUCCAGUUCAUGUACGACGAGUUUGUGGAGGACUACGAGCCCACUAAGGCGGACAGCUACAGGAAGAAGGUGGUGCUGGACGGGGAGGAGGUCCAGAUCGACAUCCUGGACACGGCGGGCCAGGAGGACUACGCCGCCAUCAGGGACAACUACUUCCGCAGCGGAGAGGGCUUCCUGCUCGUCUUCUCCAUCACCGAGCACGAGUCCUUCACCGCCACCGCAGAGUUCAGGGAGCAGAUCCUGCGGGUGAAGGCGGAGGAGGACAAGAUCCCUCUGCUGCUGGUGGGCAACAAGUCGGACCUGGAGGAGCGGCGGCAGGUGAUGGUGGACGAGGCGCGGGGGAAGGCCGAGGAGUGGAACGUCCAGUACGUGGAGACCUCCGCCAAGACGCGCGCCAACGUCGACAAGGUGUUUUUCGACCUUAUGAGGGAGGUGAGGUCCAAAAAGAUGUCGGAAAACAAGGACAAAAACGGCAAGGGAAAGAACAAGAAGAACAAGAAGAGCUUCAAGGAGAGGUGCUGUUUACUCUAAACACCUCCCCAUGGACCUUACGAGCCCCCCUCCCUCCCCCCAGCAACCCCCUCCAAUUCAAACACCACUGAGGAAUAAGCUCAACCACAGAGCCUGUUUCGUCUGUAAAUGACAACAACAAAAGAAAAUCUUUUUUUUUUCAUUUUUUUUUUUUAAAUAAUGCUUAAGGUAGAUCUCGAUGCCUGGUCUCAGCCUUUUUUUGUUUUUUUGUUUUGUUUUUCAUUGAACAACAACAACAACAACAACAAAAAAUCAAAAUCCAGUUUCUUACUUUUAAAAAUAAGGACAGUGACCACUGUAUGUCGACUAUGUGAAAGAAACUGUGCCACUUUAGGGCCUUCGCUGUAACAUGGAGGUGACCAACACUAACAAAGCCCCCCCUGUAAAUGACCCUGCUUGACAUCAUCAAUUUUUCUUUUUUUAAGAAAAAGAUAUUGGUGAAAUGUUGCCUCUUUUUUUAUGAUCUUACCAAAUUCGUUACACAUGCCGUAUUAGUUGACUUAUGCAAAAGAAAAUGUCUUCUGGGUCUAGUCAUCAACACUAAAAUUCUCGAUCGCUUUCCCUGGCUAACUGCAAAUCAGCAGGUCAGCCUUUUAUUUCCUUUCCUCUGGCUCUAAUCUGCUAAUGCUAACGCAGAAACGCUAAAGGUUAGUGUCGCUUUUGUGACCUCACUUCCUGCACAGGAUGUUGAGCAUAUUCAAAUGCUCGUCCAGCCCGGGGGCCCUCUCGCCCACAUAGAUGCUGGACUCUCUCUCUCUUUCUUUCUCUCUCUCUCUCUAUCUCUCUCUGUCUGAUGUUUCUGGUCUGAUGAGAAACAUCAGACGAGGAACGCGCCUUUCCUGUACCAAACAGCCUUUUUGUUUUUGUUUAUCUGUCUCUCUUACAGCUGGAGAAAUGUGUGGUCAACCCAGGGUCAGUCUAGCGUUGUGUUGUUGAUGUAGUUAAUGGCUCAAUCCACUUAGCAGCUGACUCUGGUCCAAGUCCGGUCCGGUCCUGUCCUGAUCUGGAGCCGAUCCAACUCUAGCGCUGGUGCAGUUCUGACCAAGGGCCCGAUGUGGUUAUGAUGCUGCCCUAAUCAGGCAGGGGUCUAGCCUUGAUCCUGGUGUGAAGUAGAUCAGGUGAUCUGGUGAAUGGCUUCCAGAUCGUGCCCCUUUCCCCCAUUCAGAGUUAGAUGCUUACUGAGAGAGUUUCCAGGAAGCUUGUUUUUUUUUGGCAGAGGCAGGGUAGCUAAGGUGCCAUGCCACCCCCCCCCCCCCCCCCCCCCCCCUCUAUUAGUAAAGGGUGACCGUAACACUUUAGAGGCCUUUCAUGGACGCUGAGUUCACUUCUAUUCUAAGGUGCUUCAGUUGUGAAUGCAGAUUACUGAGAACUUUUGGCCGCUCUGGUCACGUUGCUCCCCCUGGUGGCCAAACAAGAUAACAGCCUGCAGCUGGGAAUUGUGGGUUGGGAAGAAUAGCUCAAACUCGAGUUUUGGGGAUCACGCUCUCUCUUUUUUUCUCCCAUUAAAUUUGCCUGAAGCAAAUGCCUCACUUUUUAGAAAGCGCUACUGCCCAUCAGACUCUUCACACCCUUUUGUUGAACUGUGAAAACAAAUAGCCUUGCUGAUGACCGUGUGUUGUACCAAGAUAUUUUUGUAGGAAGCGUGCUAUGUUGCCAACAUCGUGAUGUGAUGAAGGUGGCAUCCACUCCCAGAACGAGUGCCAUUAAGAACAGCAGGUUCUUGUUAGGGAGAACUUUCUUGGGAGUGCAUGCCAUCAAAUACUGCAACAAAUUCAACCGGGGGGUGGGGGAUGAAUAGUUCCUGUUCCUGCUUUUUUUUCUCUGAAUGUGUCUGUACAAAUGGUUGGACUGUGGUUGCGUCAAUCUAACGGAUGUGUUGUCUCGCUAUUGUUUGGGAGCCAUGUGGAGGUGGUGGGGUUUAGAGUGCCCUGCCUUGUAGAGCUGCAACACUUGUCAUUGUGCUCGUUUUAUAACUGAUUGAGUCUGUUUGCUUGACUUGAGCUUGAUGACAAUUUAUGUUCUUUUUUCUCUCUCUGUCCCAUUUUCUCCCCCUAACUGGCUAUUAAAAGAGGAAAAAGAUGUCAAAAACAUGUUGCCAAAUAAACACUUUUCUUUCUUUGUA